GUGGAUUGACGAUCAGUUGCUAGUUAGCAGUGGUAACGCGGAGUGCGUUGUGUAUGCAAGAUGGGACAUACACCGGUACUGGCGCUUAUCUUGGCUCUAGUUACCAUAUCUGUGACAGGAGGUCCCCCUCAGCUUCCUGACACUUCUGGAAUCGACUUCGUGCUCACCGACAACCUCAACGUCGAUCAGUUCUUUUCACUGUGGCUUGUCUUCAACAACGAUGACGUUAAAAUGUCAGAAGAACCGUUCACCAUCUUCGCACCCGUCAAUCGUGAUGGACCUCUGAAGGACGCACAGAGUCUGCUGGCUCAGCCGGACCUGGUUAAGAGGCUGCUAAUGGAUCACAUCGUGCUGGGCCUUAAACUGAACCUCAACCUUACUGGAGACUUUACCAUCACGACCCUAGGAGGUCGUACUGUCAAUGUGCGUAGGGUCAACGGAACUCUGUAUGCAAAUGAAGCCAAAAUACUGGAACCUAGGGUAGAAGUUCCCCACGGAAUAUUGGUUGUUAUGGACAGUUACUUGUUCCCUGAGGAGCUCCUAGUAGGAAACCAAACAACAGUGGGCUCUGACACACCUGGACAAACAGCGGAAUCUCUGAUCACAGUUGCAGCUGGUGUUCCUUAUAGCACCAGAAAUGCCACCUUCCUAGAAAAUGUAAAUCAAGUGCUGUCAUAUCUCAAGAGUGGUGUAAGAGUUUUUCAGCAGUUCCUCAAUAAUUCCAGUGUUUCUCAGCUUCUGAAGGAUGGUGAGGAAUAUACGGUAUUUGUACCCACAGAUCAUGCAUUUCAACGCUGGCAUCCAAUUGACUGGGGAUUCUAUCCCUUCUCUGUGCCAGAAUUUACUGAGGAUAUAAUCAUCAAUCAUUUUGUACAAGGGAAUUGGAGGCAGGAUACCAUCCAUGAUGGUCAGAAAGUUAGAACCCUUGGAGGACGUGAGAUAACAUUUGGAAGGAAAGGUGCCACGGAUGUAAAAGAUGCUGGUCGUCGUAACUCGGUUAGCUUCACAGUUAAUGGAAUACAGAUUGUUAAUGGAGACACUCCUGUAGAAAAUGGGAACAUAAUGUUCAUUGGGGAGAUCCUGUUUGUGAAUGAAGAAGUUGUAAAUCGACUACACCAAGAGAACCGUGACAAAGAAACACCCCCACUCCUGGCAUACACAUCAUUGAAUUCCCCUUUCAUCUCUCAUGCUUAUUUGGCCCUACAGAAGGACUCUAGAUUCACACAUGUCACUCGCUAUAUCAGCUUGGAAGAUGUUGCUUCAGUCAUCACAGGAGAUGGUUACACUUUCUUUGUGCCAACAGACAAGGCAUUCAAAGAAGUGGGUCUCGGAAGCAAACAAGAUUUCUAUCUCUCCAAAGGAGAAGGACUUAAAUUGCUCCUUAAUCAUUUUGUGCCAGUCAGAUUAUACGAUCGAGACUUGAUAAAUGGACGCCAAUUUAAGACACUAGGUGGUAAGACAAUUCACGUCAAACGUGAAGGAGGAAAUGUAACAAUCAAUGAUGCCGAUAUAGUUGAAAGUGAAGUUUUUGUAUACAAUCUUGGCACAAUGUACUACAUUGAUAAAGUGCUCUUCAUAACAAAGGAAGAUAUUCCUCUAGUAACUGAAGCAUUUGAACCAGAGAGCUCAACUGCUUGGACAAGUGAACUACCUCAUGAUGUGGAAGCCCUGCCAAGUGAGUUGACAGAAGAAAGUGGUACACUGCCUGAUAUACUGCUGGAACCCGAUAGCGACUCUCUAAGUGAAGAUAUUGACACAGUAAUAAGUACCACAGCAAAUAGACCUGGAAGGACUGAAGAGAAUACUGAUGGUACAUAUUCACCAUCUGAAUUUACUACAGGUUAUGAGGAACAUAUACUGAGUGAAGGCACAACCACUGAAAUGCCAGAAAAUCAAAAUUCUAGUACUGGAACUUCUUAUUCAUCCACUCCGUUAAAGUGAGUCAAUGAGUUCUGAAGUGUAUUGCAUAUAAACAAGUACAAAUUUUGUCCCAGUUAAAAUGUUUCAGAACAAUGCACAGAAUGUUGGAAAUAUAAAGAAUUGUUACUUGUUGAGAGACACUCUCAGGGGGGAGAGAACCAGAGGGAUAAAUUACCUUAAAUACCAAGUUAAGAAGUUCUCAAUCAAACGUCUAUCCAUGAUGAUUAAGAGACAGUGAUAUGAUUCAGAAAUCUGAAAGUGCUGUGUGAGCAUAUAAGAAAAUUAAUAAAACAGUUAAGAUCUAUUCGAAAUACCACUAUUAGAAAGAAGUAGACCUGUGAAAUAUAAUCUCGACUAAGAAAGAUCAUGUUCAGUAAAUGGGUAUCCUAAAUUGAGUAAACAGCCUGAAUAUAGAAUAAAUUCCAAUCUGAUCUAUCAUGGCCA